AAAAGUUGGCGCAGCUCAGAGCGGGGGAGAGCGGCCCGGAGCACGGCCAGGAAUACCCCCCGCCACCCCAUCCCAACCGCAACACUCCGGAAUGGAUAACAGCAACGUGGAGGAGACGGCGGCUGCUCUGGUGAGGGAAUAUCUCAGCCGCAAGGGUUUAAAGAAGACCAUUUCUGCCAUGGACCAGGAACUUCCACGCACAGAGGGCAGUAUUAACACCCGAAAUGAGCUGAAAAAAGUACUCCAUUUGGAAUCACUUUAUAAACAGAACAAGGCUCAGUUGAUGCCUUUAAAGACAAUGCUCGAGAUAAUCACAAAAUAUUUCCUGGACAGCAAUGAGAACACAAAGAUUAUGGCACGGGACAAUUUUCGAGCACCAGCUAUAGUAAGCCAAAGAGCAGCAUCAGUGCGUUUUGACAGUACCUUCGUAAAUAUCUAUGACCUGUCUGAUGAGGACAAAGGUGGUGGUAUAGCGUUUCAUGACUUGAAUAAAUCAGAGGCGUGCAGGUUCCCUAAUGAUUCUGCUGGUUUAACCUGCAUGUCAGUACCAUCUACCAAAGCUCUACAAAGCUCACUCAAGAAGAAAGAUAGAUCUCCAGGUAGGAAUGGGUGCCCUUCAGGAGGUGAACCGGGGCUCCUUCCUGUUAACAUUCUUUCAUCCGAUGCUUCCAGGACUGGUGUGUUUCCUGUGGAAGCUAGAGGAACAAAUAUGGAGUCACAGAGGCCCCGAUCUGGUCGCAUUGUACGUGGUAUGAUGUCUGGCCCAAUUCGCACAGUACAGGAGGAUUCUUCCAAAAAGCGUCUGAUUAAACGGGCUUCGGGAUCUAGCCUGGCUUUACAUUCAAUAGAGAGCGACAUUGAUAGUGGCUUCAAAGGCUAUUUACGACAGAUGGGCACCCCCUGUGAAACUGCUGCCUGUUCUGACUGGCUUCCUGCUGCUGGCACACUGGUGGACAACAUUGUAGAUGGCACACCCACCCAGGACUACCCACAGAAGAAACCUUCCUGUCUUGUGACAGGCAGCCGCAGCAGUCAGAAAUCGCAAGAUUUCAGGUGGUACCAUGAGGCAGUGGAUGACCCUGGUGCAGAGAGGGUACUGGAGCGAGAAAGAGGGCAGGUCCCAAGUGGGCAGGAGAAAAAACUCUCCUCAAACUUUAAUGCCAACUUGCCCGAAAAGAGUAAGAAGGUGAAGUUUGCUCCAGAUUGCAUGAACAUUGAGUACGAGGCAAGAGAAAACGAUGUUAAGAUGGAGGAAGAUCUACAUUCCAGAAAGCCCACAAUGUGUUCUCCUGAAAAUCAACUGAUAGAACGUCUGCAGAUAGCUGAUAUUGAUGACGAUGAUUUGGAAGAAGUUGAUGAAAUUGUACCUGUCAGUUCUCUUCGUAAACACCACAUUGACUCUAAGCCUAUUGACCUGUCUCUUGCUAUACAGUUGAAAAAUCUUCUAUUUGGGUCCAGCUUUUCGUGUUUUGCUGAGGAAUGGAAGAUACAGAGUUUCACUUUCAGUGAUAUACCUGACUUAAGAUACGGUAUCGUUCAGAAGAAGGGUGGUCCUUGUGGAGUUCUGGCUGCAAUUCAGGCCUGUGUCUUGCAAAAGCUUAUCUUUGAGGAUGUAGCUAGCAGUAGCAGUGAGGCCAUGGACCUGCAGCCAACCAGUGCUCAGCGAUCACAGUGUCUUGCGUUGGCCGUUGCAGACAUAUUAUGGCGUGCUGGGGACAGGAGAAGAGCAGUAGUUGCUCUGUCAACAGGAAGACAGCAGUUUAUCCCAGCAGGAAAAUAUAAAGCUGAUGGGACAAUUGAGACGAUUAUACUGAACACUCUGACAAACUUCCAGGACCUGACAACUUUUCUUCAGCAAAAUGUUGGCCAGUUUGAAAUUGGACCAUUUGGCUGUAUUCUACUGACGUUGUCUGCAAUUUUGUCUAGAUCCAUUGACCUAGUAAAAUCUGACUUUGAUGUUCCCAGCAGUACACUGAUUGGAGCUCAUGGAUACUGUACACAGGAACUUGUGAAUCUGUUGUUAACCGGUAAAGCUGUCUCCAAUGUUUUCAACGACGUCGUAGAGCUGGAUUCUGGCAAUGGCAACAUCACAGUCCUGAAAGGAAUUUCAGGACGCAGUGACAUUGGGCUGUUAUCACUGUUUGAACACUACAGUAUCUGCAAGGUGGGAUCUUUCUUGAAAACUCCUAAGUUUCCAAUCUGGGUGGUAUGCAGUGAGAGCCACUUCAGUGUCUUAUUUUGCCUGAAGAAGGAAAUAAUGAGUGACUGGAAAUUUGAGAGAAGAUUUGACCUCUAUUACUAUGAUGGUCUGGCCAAUCAACAGGAAGAAAUUCGACUUACAAUGGAUGCAUCAGAACAUUGCUCGUUGGAAGGAGAUGAUGAUUUGAUUCCUCCACUUGAACAUUGCAUCAGGACAAAGUGGAAGGGAGCAUUUGUUGACUGGAAUGGAACGGACCCAAUUCUGUGAGAAGCUCGAUUAUCGUCUCUGAGGUUGAACCUGGAUCAUGUGGCCCGGGGGACUGAGAGGUGCAAAAACCAAACACCAACACCUUCGCUUCUGAAGUGCUGCAGAUAAUAGCAGGAUAGAUCUUAAAAUGUGUCUGUCAUCGGAUGGCACCCAACAACACCUCCAUCAGUUAAUUUACCUCAUUUCUUCUGAACGUGUAGCGGUGGGGGUUGGGGGAAAAGUGGAGAUUGUGAGUUGAAGGCCGUAAAUUCGGGAAAGUAGUGACCUGGCUUAUCUGCCAGUCUCCCAAAUGAACUGCCAGAAUGUGAUAUUUGGUAUGCUACCAUGCCUAUUCAAUUCGGGUUAUUCUAUAGGAUUGAAGAUCUUCCCUAUUGUUAAUAACGUGGAACCCAAAGUGAAAAUUAGACACUAUCAAAAUGGGCAAGUUUGUUGGGCAAGGUUAAUGGCCUGUGGCAGUGCUGAAGGGGCUGAGCGCUGUAGGAGAUGCUGAGUGAUUCUCUGAAAAGUUGUCUUGGAUUCAGCAAAUGCAACCUUUUAGAGGGUUGUGUUCAAUUUUAUCGUUUUUUUUGUUUUAAACAAUUUAAGAAAUUACUGAAGUAGGAAAUUGGACCAAAACCAAUUUUUCCUGUUCAAUAAGGAUGCUAAAGGCUCUGGUUCGAUGGGAGAUCGCAGGUUCACAGUUGCUUGAUAGUGACUUCAGUAAACUCAUGAAUGCCUUUUACCUGUUAGCCACCAUACUAUCCACUUGUUGCUAAAAACAAUAAUGUUGCAUGUUUAAAAGAAAAAUGGCUUUUAUUAGCUCAUGCAGCUAAUUUUUUUAGAUCAUGAGUUACAACUUAUGAUUUCCACCGAGAUAGUAGAGGUCAAAGGUUGUACCGUGUACCUUAAAAGAAUGGUCAACAUGGACCAGAAGCUGGAGUUUCGAGGCUUUACCUGAGCAAAGCCUCAGGACACAUUUCAAUAAGUGAGGCAACUUUAUUGUACCCUUAGAAGCAGCUGGCCACUGUACUUCAGUCUGGUUAGAGCUAGGUCUCUUGCUGGCAGUGGCCCGCAGUGAACGAGAUGUAGGGAUGGGCCAAUAUGUGGUGUACCUUCCAGGCUGCACAGCAACCUGUAAGUUCUGGAAUUGACCAUACACUGCAAAAGAAUUUGAAAUCCCUUUAGGAGCCCACAUAAUUAUGCCGUGUGUUGAUGGAGUAAUCCUGAGCAGAAGAGUCCCUACAGGCUGCUCUGCCCUGUUCAGAUUCUGGGACACAAUCUUGGGCAUCUGACUGUGAAACCUGGCAAACCAUUUCUGCCAUGAGAUGGUGCCCAUAACAUUGACAUAAUUCAAAUUCAUACUGUACCAUGUUCCUUUUUCCCCAAUGAGGAGCAUUUUCUCCCACCUCACUGUGGUUGAAAAAUAAAGGGAAUAGUGUAAUGUUUCUUUGUUCCCAAAUAGAGUCUGAGAAUUUUUAGGAACGAAAAAUAAACCAACAGACCUCAAAGCCUGAUCCUACUACCCUGUUAUGAUUUUUCUCUGUGUUCCUUAAAGAUAUUUAUUUCAAGUAAGCAUCUAUCCCUUUAUUUGCUGCCCUAAUUGAUUUUGUAUUUACAUCCUACUGGUUCAGUGUUUUUAUGUUUGUCUUGAUUCUGCUUUUAAUCAAGGAUUCAUCUACAAAAAGUGUCUUCUCCACAAACUGCAGGUUGAUACAAACAAUUUCAUGACUCCCUUUUUUGAGGAGUUGCACUUUUUCAAGUAUGUGUUGGCUAGCAUUUGUUACUGAAGCAACUUGACCAGCACCACUAAAACCGAUGAAUGGCCAUUUUGAUUUCAUAGCAACCUAUGGGAUCUUGGCCUGUAUAAGCUGAUUGCCAUCUUUGACAAGUUGAAGAUUCAUCAGCUCGGAAGCAUUUUGGGAUGUCUUGGAUCUAUAAAAGGAGCUGCAUUACUUGACAUUGUUCUUUUCAUUCUCUCCUUCCUUCCUUCCUUCAUCUUUCCCAAGGAUUACAUUUCACUAAAUUCAAUCCAGUGGUGUCAUCUUCCAAACUCAACCCCACCUUACCACCUCAUAGGACAGCCUUAGGGCCUCAUCACUACCAGCUCAGACAUUAUUCUGCUGGUUUCAGCCCGAAUGCCAGUGCUGUUUUACAUAUAUAAGCCCUUGGAGUAAAAUGCCUGCGUCCCAACCCGCUUUCCAUCUGUUGAGCAGGAUUACCUCCUAUUCCUUGUGCUUCGUUUUGAGCUGGCAAGCCUGUUGUGCAGAGCCUUUUAAACGUGACAGAAAUAAAAAUGUUCCCUAAUCAGCUUCUGCGUUUAGUGCACUUGCCUUAAAUGUCCGCAUGAUAAAGUUGUUUACAGUAAUCUCCAGCCUCGUGUUGUAUAACUGGUUGUCAAGGAAUUAAAAAGCAGCCAUUAUGUUUGGCUUUGUUGGAUAUCUGUUGCCUUUAAUUUGUUUGAUGCAAGAAAUGUGCAUGUGUGUGCACAAAUAUGUGUAUUAAUGUAUGUCUGAGUCUUCCUGGUUAUUACAUGGAGCCAAACAAUGAGAGACCGAGCUGUUGUAUUAUUUUGUGUGCAGUAAGUUGAUGCUGUGGACUUUCUGAAGAAUUGCUGUUUUGUUUGUAAGAGUGAAAUGAAAUAAUGGUUAAUUUAUUGAAAACCUUUCAUUUGUGUCCUGUGCCACCUGUACACACCAAUAAUGCCUUCACGUGCUGCAGAAUAAAAAGAA